AUGUUGUGUAUGUGGACUCUGACAGAGAAACCACAUAUAGCUGGUUCACCAGAAGAUGAAGAUACAUUAGUUAAUUAUAUAAAAGAUUUCUGGGAAAAUGUUGGUUUUGAUGAUGUACAGACAGCAACUUACGAUGUAUUGUUAUCUUAUCCAGACAACGAAAACCCUAACAUGAUAGAAUUACUUAAUGAAAAUAAUGAAGUUGUUUAUCAAACACCUAUAGAAGAAGAUAUUCUUACUCCAGGCAAAAAUAACACAGAGGGUAUUCCCCCUUUUAACGCCUACUCUCCUAAAGGAAUUGUUACAGGUCAGUUAGUUUAUGUUAAUUAUGGUAGAGUAGAAGAUUAUAUACAUCUAGAAUCUGUUGGUGUUGAUGUAUCGGGCUGUGUGGCUAUAUCAAGAUAUGGUAAAAUCUACAGAGGAAGUAAGGUUGAUAUAGCCCAAAGGUAUGGUGUUAUAGGAUUAAUUCUAUAUUCUGAUCCUAAAGACUAUACUAUACCAGGUGAAGGUGUUUAUCCGGACACAUGGUGGUUACCUGGGUCUGGUGCCCAAAGAGGUGGCCUGUUUACUGGUCAAGGUGAUCCAUUAACCCCAGGAUAUCCAGCUAUAGAUUCAGCAUAUCGAUAUGAAGAAGAUAAAGUGGAACCACCUCUUCCUAAAAUACCAGCACAUCCUAUUGGUUAUACUGUGGCUGAACAGUUACUCGUUAAUUUAACAGGGGCUACUGUGAUAGAUGAAUGGAAAGGUGGAAUAAAUAUAACUUACACAUAUGGUCCAGGGUUUGUUAAUGAUAACUGGAAAGUAAGAAUGAACAUUUCUACACAAAAUGCACGACGUAACACAACAAAUGUUAUUGGAUUUAUAAAAGGGGCAGUAGAACCAGAUAGAUAUGUUAUAUUUGGUAAUCAUCGUGAUGCCUGGGUGUAUGGGGCUAUAGACCCUUCUAGUGGUACAGCUGUUAUGAUGGAAACUGCCAGAGCAAUGGCUGCUCUGGUUAAAUCUGGUGACUGGCGACCACGUCGAACUAUUUUAUUCUGUAGUUGGGGUGCGGAAGAAUAUGGCUUGAUAGGAUCUACUGAAUGGGUUGAGGAAUAUAUAAAGAAUAUAAAAGAAAGGACUUUGGCUUAUAUCAAUAUAGAUAUAUCAGUGGAAGGAACAAACACACUCCGCUCUAAAACUACGCCAUUGUUAUACAACUUGAUGUACGAAACUGCAAAGCUGGUUGAGAACCCUAACGAUACAGAAAUAGCAGCAGGAAGAAAAACAGUUUACGACACGUGGUUAUUAAACAGACCCUGGAACAUUAAUGGUGAAAUUUACGGAAAACCAGAGUAA